UAGUAUGAGGUUCGAGCUCAGCAGGAAGGAGUUCGAGGUGAUAGAGGACAUCUAUAAGAGGCCUCUGAAGCUCCGCCACUUUGACCAUCUGAUCGACUGGAGUCGCUACUUUCUGUAUUUUGGACUAAUGGCUUCCAGAGAUAAAUUCAAGAGGAGGGAGUACCCAGCUCCAGACAUGGCUACAAUUAUAAAAGCCACCACCACCGCCAAGGCUAGGGCCUUGAAGCCGGGGUCUAGCGGGGCCAAGGAGGUCCGAGGCAAGGUGGAACGCUUUUCUAAGGACAGUACUCCAAAGGCUUCUGAAGAGGGAGCUUCUCAGAGGCAGGAGAGGCCAAAGGAGUUUCGGGGGAAAGAGAAAGUCCCAGAGGAGGUGAAGAGGAGGAAGCUGGUGCACGUCACUAGCUCGUUCGGGAAAUUUGGGACGUCAGUGUCCUACGAGGCCAAAUCAACAAGCGAGCCAAAACUGCUCGCAUCUGCCUCCAAAGCCAUCAAGUUAGAAAUGGCCAGAGAAGCUGAGGCUGAGGAGGCCAGGGAGGAGGCUGCGAGGAGGGUUGCUGAGGCUGCCGAGGAAGAGGUAGCUAAACAAAAGCCUAUUUGGGAAAAGGAGAAGUCUCCAAGCUUCCUAGCUAGAAGGGAGGAGACCUUAGCCCCAGCCUUGGUCGAGGCUCUUCCACAAGAGGUCCGAAGCGCCACAGAGAACUUUUAUUGGUUUUGGACGGACAGGUGGCAGCUGCAUGCCUCCUCCUGCGAUGCUACCAACUUGACGCGGGCGUUGCUGAGCCAAAGCAUCAGAACUUUUGGCCUCGCUCUUGAAUGCAGGGAGGCCCUGAGUGAUUUUCAGACAAGGACCAGGUCUUCGGGAGAGAAGACGGCCUCCCUUGCAGAGGAGUUGAAGGCGGCUAAGGUCGAGGUGGAAGAAGCAAGGGCCCAAAAACUUGAAGAAAUGACCAAGCUGGAGUCUGCCUUGGCCCAGAUUGAGGCCUUGAAGAAGGAGGUCCACGAGUCACAGCGCGAGGUGACCUCCCUUACAAAGAAGGUGGAGGUCUCCAAUGAGCACCAGAAGGUGACCGCCGAGGCCCUGGAGAAGGCCAAUCUCUCUUUGACGGGUGCCCAAGAAGCUUACCAUUUCUUGGAAACCCAAGUCAAGUGGUAUGUGGAUGGUGCGUCCCAUGCCAGAGAGGAGGCCCAACAGGCGAGGGAAGAGGCGGUGCAGGAGUAUGUUGCCAACUUCCACAACACAGACGAAUAUAAGAGCUUCAGUACAUACUGGAGAAACUUUGCCUACGCUGAGGUGAUGGAGCGGGCAGAGGAACUGUAUCCCAAUUUGGAUCUGACUCAACUUAGGUCUGAAUUUGUGGAUGAGGUACCUCAGACCCUGCUGAGGACGUGCAGGGAAAUGAAGCUGCUGAUGUAGGGGAACCAAAUGCUGAUGCUCAAGCUGCCGAAGCCCCAAGCACAGAAGCACCUCCCCCAUCUACUCAAGCUUAGAUUAGUUUUCUUUUUAGUAUUUUUCGAAUGUAAUGGCCUAAGGCCCACUUUUGUAAUCCUUUUUGA